AUGGCUUCGAAUACUUCUGUUGCGACAACUCUGAGUCCCACAAGAGAAACUUUGUCAUCAUCCCAACUGAUCUCUUCGUCAAUCUCUUCUCUGUCGGCAUCGUCUGCUUCCUCACGGCAUUCGUCGUCCCAGAUAUCAAAGAUAUAUCGCCAAUCCUCCACACUAUUCUUGACGCGAAGACUACCAGAAUCGCUGUCAACUAUACUCCCAGUCAUAACCCCACCCGAAUCGGAGGAGACCAACGCAGAGAAAGGACCAGCGCCUGUGUCCAAAGCUAGCCGGACGACGAGGAUAAAAGUCUGGAGUUUAUACCUCACAAUCUUGAAUGCUAUAGUGGAACUAGAUCCAGACGAAGGGAAACAGGCAUUUGGAAGUUCAGACUGGAGAGCACUGGUCACCAAAGUGCGAGACGGGGAGGUGUGGGAGGAGGUGGUGCAGAAUGGGUACGGCGGGGUCGAAGGAGAUGUUGAUUCUGAUGUAGUGAUCAAUUUAGCAACCCUCCUCCUCGCCCACGCGCGCUCUCAAAAAAUCAAUCAAACCCGCCUCGAAACCUACCUAGCAGCCUCCACAACCCCCAACCUCGACAUCUCCACACAACUCCAAAACCACACCCGCAGCAUCAGCCCACACAAACGCAACGCCCACGCCUCUGGCACCGACACGCCCCGCGACCUCAACGCCCGCGUCAAAAUCCUCGAACUGUACACCCUCCACGUCCUCUUGCGCAACAACGAAUGGGACUACGCCCGCGAAUUCAUAUCCAUCUCCUCGGUGCUCGACGAAGAACGGCGCGAAGCUUUCUUGCAGGCCUUGCAAAGUUUGCAGGAUGAACAGCAUGAAGCGGUAAGGCGUGAGAAAGAGGAGAAAAGGUAUCAGGAGGAACAGCUGAAGAAGGAUAUCGAAGACGCUAGACGGAGACGGGCGGAGAAUGAAGCGAGGGAACGGAAACGUGAGGAGGAAGCGCGGGUGAAGAGGGAGGGAAGUGAAGUCGAUUACGGCGUUGAAGACCGACCGAGCACGUCAAGAUCAAAUGGGAAAUCAAGCUCAGUACGGAAACCGACGAAUACUUCAUCACCUACAAACCGCAAACUCCCGCCUCCAACCCUGGUAACACGGGUUUCUAACAUCCUAUCCAAUAUCCGCACGUUACUACUCGAGAAUAUGGCAGGCGGUUUUAAAACCCGUCCGAUGUUUUUACUGCAGAUGCUCGCGUUUAUUAUUGGGAUCUUGGUUGUGAGCAGUCGGAAAGAGGUUCGGGAGCGUGUGAAGAGGGCGAUUGCGAUUGCGUGGGGGAAGGUGGGCGGGACGGUGCGGAUGGGUGGGAAGGUUAGUUAUAUUUAA